ACACUUGCUCACUCUGCUCUCGUUCUCUUCUGUCUGCUACUACCAUGCAUUCGACCGGCAUGGAGAUGGAGGUGGAGGUCGCCGGCGACGACGAGGCGGUCCCGGAGGCGCCGGAGCGGUCCGUCGUCCUCAUCUCCGCCGGCGCCAGCCACUCCGUCGCCCUGCUCAGCGGCGGGGUGGUGUGCUCGUGGGGGCGCGGCGAGGACGGGCAGCUGGGGCACGGCGACGCGGAGGACCGGCCGGUGCCGACGGUGCUGACGGCGGCGUUCGACGACGCGCCGGGGGGCGUCGCCUCCGUCGUCAUCUGCGGCGCCGACCACACCACCGCCUACUCCGACGAGGAGCUGCAGCUCUACAGCUGGGGAUGGGGCGACUUCGGGAGGCUGGGUCACGGCAACUCCAGCGACGUGUUCAACCCGCAGCCCAUCCAGGCGCUCCAGGGCGUCCGGAUCACCCAGAUCGCCUGCGGCGACAGCCACUGCCUCGCCGUCACCGUCGCCGGCCAUGUCCACAGCUGGGGACGCAAUCAAAAUGGUCAGCUUGGCCUCGGAAACACCGAGGACUCCUUGCUCCCACAAAAGAUUCAAGCUUUUGAGGGUGUCCGUGUAAAAAUGAUUGCUGCUGGUGCCGAGCACACCGCUGCUGUAACAGAAGAUGGUGAUCUCUACGGUUGGGGCUGGGGUCGGUAUGGCAACUUGGGACUAGGCGAUCGCGAUGACCGCUUAAUCCCAGAAAAAGUUUCUUCUGUGAAUGGUCAAAAGAUGGUGCUUGUAGCGUGCGGGUGGCGCCAUACCAUCACCGUGUCCUCCUCCGGUAGCAUCUACACAUAUGGAUGGAGCAAGUAUGGUCAGCUAGGGCAUGGUGAUUUUGAGGAUCACCUGGUUCCACACAAGUUGGAAGCAUUGAAGGAUACUACUAUAUCUCAAAUUUCAGGUGGGUGGAGGCAUACAAUGGCACUUGCAGCAGAUGGGAAACUCUAUGGAUGGGGAUGGAACAAGUUUGGACAAGUCGGUGUUGGCGAUAAUGAAGAUCACUGCUCCCCGGUGCAGGUCAAUUUUCCAAACGAACAGAAAGUUGUUCAAGUUGCUUGUGGAUGGAGGCACACUCUUGCCCUGACAGAAGCCAAAAAUGUUUUCUCAUGGGGAAGGGGCACCAGUGGACAGCUUGGCCAUGGUGAAAUAGUUGAUAGGAACAUACCCAAGAUGAUCGAUGCCUUGAGCUCGGAUGGAUCAGCUUGCAAGCAGCUGGAAUCAUCAAAAGCCGUCCCAAUGUCAGCUAAAGUUUGGGUCUCGCCAUCAGAGCGAUAUGCCAUCGUGCCGGAUGAGAAGGCUGGAAAAGGCAUCCCUGCUGGCAAUGGAACAGAGACUCAUGUGCCCCAAGGAGAUGUGAAGAGGAUGCGCGUCUGAUUCAGCAACAUAUACGAUCCAGUGCUCUUCUUCCACUUGAUAUCCUCUAUUAGUUAACCUUAGAAUUAGCAUCAUAUAUACAUAUAAUAACCUUGGGGCAGCAUUUAUCCUCUACCAUCUUAUGACAUAUGCUGCCCAGUCUUUAAUUAGUGUGUUGCCUUUUCAUUUCUUAAAAUAAUCAGUGAUAUUAUUCACAGUGAGGUUGGUCAUGUAUGACAGUAUGAGUAACUAUGGACUGUCAUAGGUAUCACCAUGGGAAAAAAAUCAGUCAGUUUAUUAUUCUGCUUGGCAUUGCAAACUAAGCUAUGUUAUGUAUGAAUUAUCUGUGAUAUUUUAGCUUAA